CUGACUGAGUUAUUCACUUGCACUAUUUUUUUCCACCAUACAAAUUUACCAUUCUUCCUAUUACCACUGGCUAUGGUUCAACACUGUGAUUCGAAUGUUGAGAUGUAAUGAUGAACACGAGAACGAAAAGGAAGACGCGCCCGUGAGCACACAUCAAUGGCUGACCACACCGACCCUUAUAUUUAACAGAGUCAAAAUGGCGGCCCUACGAAUUUUUGCACGUCCCGUGCUUUCCACGUGCCAGCAAUAUUCAAAGGGAAUUGACAGACUCUCUCUACAGGAAAAUCAGCUCCAACCCAGAAACGAGAAACGAUGGGCCAGUUUCAAAACCUCCCCUGUAUAUAAUGAAGAGAAAAAAUACACCGAUUUUGAAGUUUCUAAAGAUCCAAAAGAAUGGAUGUUUGUAGAAAGAUGUGUUAAAUUGAAACAUAUACCCAAUCCUCCGAAAAAUAUUGAAAACCUUCCCUCUGGAUGGAAGGCACAACGAGAUGAAGCGAAAUCUUUUCCCUACUACAUUGAACGUUCCAAAAAUCAUCAACAACCAGUUUACCUCAAGAUAGAUCAACGAGGAUUGCGAAGAGUCACGUAUGUUAGAAAAAUCCAAGGAGACAUAAUUGUCUUGCACGCGGAACUCAAGCAAUACCUACGCAAAUCAACUGGUCGCCCUAUUGGUUCCCAAAUCCUGGAGCCUAAUGGUGUCUUAAGAUUCCGCGGUGAUCAGGUGUCUCUCAUCAAAGAGUGGCUUUCUGAGAGAGGAUUUUAAAUAACAUGGUGGUGAUAUCUGAAAUUACAAUCUAAUCCUUCAGAGAAAGAUGUAAGGAAAUCUUUCAAUGUAGAGAAGCCAAUUCUGUAAAAUAAAAGUAUCUUAUUCUUUCA